GGCAAGUAAUAAGCGGAAGUCGCUCGCGCUCGCCUUUUCCGCUGGCUGGGGGGAUUCGCCGUCGGCCGCCGUUACAGCAUGGCUACCUCAGGCAGCUUCCGUCUUCUCUUUCGAGCCGCACCGUCUUCUUGCUGGAGGCUCCUGGAGGCUCCUUUCCGAGCCGGCAGUCGCUGGAACAACGCAGCCCGCCUUGGCUCUUGCCGGUCCUUCCAAACGGCGACGGGGCUCAGCUCGGAAGAAAAAGUUACAGUGCACUUUGUAAAUCGUGACGGUGAUAAAUUAACAGCCAAAGGAAAGGUUGGAGAUUCCCUUCUAGAUGUUGUGAUAGAUAAUAAUCUAGACAUAGAUGGAUUUGGUGCAUGUGAAGGAACACUUGCCUGCUCUACAUGUCACUUAAUCUUUGAAGACCACAUAUUUGAAAAAUUAGAUGCCAUCACAGAUGAAGAAAUGGAUAUGCUGGACCUUGCUUAUGGCUUGACAGAAAGAUCACGUUUGGGCUGUCAAAUUUGUUUGAAGAAAUAUAUGAACAAUAUGACUGUCCGAGUGCCUGAAGCUGUUGCUGAUGCCCGACAGUAUAUAGAUAUGAGCAAGAACCCAUAAAAUAAUGUUUUCAGGUGUAUUUCAUGAUAUUAAAAAUAUUUUACUACUUAUUCCUAAAGAAAGUGAAAUACUCAUCCUUUGAUUAUCUAUGUUAAGGUAUGAUUUUAUUAAAAUUACAGUUGGCCUUAUUUUGAAAGGAUAAAACAAGGUAUUUAGAAGAGACCUGUGGAAUGAUAGAAACAUGAUAAAAUACAGUUAAAGAGCAGGAAAUCACUCCUUUUAUUUUCAUUUAAUAAUGCAUCAUUACUCCUGCUGCACUCAUGUUUUCCCAAAGUAAUAAUUACAUGCUGGAUUUGCAGUAGCUGAGAAUAAAAGUCACUUUUUAAAUUACAGGUUUCACAUUGAACUACUGAAAAUACAUUUACCAGAGAGUAAAUCAAUAGGGAUAUUAUUCACUAUUAGCUGAUCAAUUUUGGUGCAAAUUAAUUGUAAGAUUGUAUAAUUGUACAAAAUCCUAUUGAAUCUUCUAGGAAUUGCAUAUUCAUAGUCGUAUGCCAUGUUGUAGCCAACAUGUCAGAAGCAUUUCCAAAGGUUUUUUAAAAUCAGAAAUACUGCAUAAAUACCAUGUUAUUUUAAAGAUGUUACAUGGGCAAAGAUGCAUUUCUGGUUUUAUGGUAUGCUUCAUUUCAUGAACAGGUGUCUUAUUCCCAGAAUGAUAGAAAUAUUAUCCCUAAUGGGGUUGAGGGGGAGGAGCUAUAUAUUCCAUUGUGAUGGGGCUUUAAAUCAAAUGUUCAACUUCUAAUCCACUUCCUCUUCUAUCCACAGAUUAAAAUGGCAGCAAAAUAGACAGUACAAUUAAAAUUUUGAAAUAAAAAUGUCUUCUUCUAGGACAGGAGUCUCCAACCUUGCCAACUUUAAGCCUUGUGGAUUUCAACUCCCAGAAUUCCCCAGCCAGAUGGUUGGAGACCUCUGUUCUUGUACAAAUAGCAACAUUCAGGUGGGCUUCUCUGGUGAGAGAACAUCAGAAACUGAGAAGGGGCUUUUUUCAGUUAUCGCCCAUCUCAUAUCUGUCAGACACCUGAAUGAGUGGCUCAGAUUACCUCAGAAUGUAGACAACUGGGAGAUGCAACAGGCAUCCUUAGGAUACUCUGGUCCAAAGCGAUGUCGGAAAUUUCUUACAUAGAAAUACCAAAGCCAUGGUAUUUCUUACAUAGAACCUUUGAGUCUCUUCCAUCUUUUGAAGUUUUUCAUAUAUGCUGAAGCACGGGCCUUCAGACUACAUGGAGUAUUAAUUUGUAGUGUUUAGUAUGUUAUAUAAAAGAAUAUGAUUAAGUUAUUUCCAGUAUGCACUAAGCCAUUGAAAAUUAAAUGAGCUAAUGAAAAAAUAUACACUGUCAUGUUCUUAUCAGUCUAUAAGAGCUAAAUAGUCAAUGAGUCCAUUGGAGAUAGAAGAAAAGGAGGGAGGAAAGAAAGAAGGGAGGAAGGGAGGUAUGAUUUCAGUACCUCUGUUCCUGUUCCAUUUUUAAAAUAGAGAAUAAAUGAAUACAUUAUGUAAAUGUCUUAGAUUUUGUUGAAAAAAAUCUUCAUGGACACUGGAUAUUUUGAUUUAUCUUCAUCAACCAUUGAAAACAACAGUGCCGUGAAACGACAAGUGCAAACAAACUUCACUGUCCAGGUGAUCUGUGCUUUCUUUUUAAAAAUGUUUCUUGAAAUAGCCGGUAUGAAAAACUAGGUAGAGUCAACACUUAGUAUCAGUUUUGUACCUAUCUUAUAAAUAUAGAUUAUUUAAACUGCUGAUGCAGUACUUAGCAUUUUUCAGAAUCUGAAAAUAAACCUUGUAUCUAGUUUUCUUC